GUACACUCAUUCCCCUUGUCUUCGCAGUUACGAGCAACGUUCUUGAAGCUCCGAUUAGGUCUUGUACCCCUUACCUAUCGCUUCGCAGCAUUUGCUGCUCUCAACUCUCGUUCCCGUACGCCCGCGCCCGUUUCAGCUGUUGUGAAGCGCUGCAUUGGCAGCCCGUACAGCUCGCAUCUCACUGACUGUCGCCGUGAUUGAUACUCGCAUUCAGAUACGUCCGAGAGACGAAGCGUGCGCUCGGCGCGCCAUUCGGAUUCAGUGUCGGCAUUGCGCGAGCCGGUGAAACGAAGCCGAGCGAAAGCAGUGGUAUCUGUAGUGCCGGGAAACGGGCGUGAUUAGCGAGCCUCAACAAUGGCACGGAUAACGGUCGUCGCUGUUGUGUUCGCCCUUCGUGAUCCCCCGAACUUGAGCGCGACGUGCGUGUGGUGCUGAUCUACAAACUGCCUCAUAUUUCUACCUCAGCCUUGGACGGAUUUAGUUCCCGUAACACAGUCUCGUGGAGAUGGCGUUCUUCGGCUUGCCGGAUUGGGUAGUUUUUCUGGUGACGGCCUUAGUGCUGCUUUACUUAUACAUAACGAGGAAUCGCAACUACUGGGCCAAACAGGACGUUCCGCAUGAGAACUUGUCACUGAUAAUCCGCCCUCUCAUCAAAGUACUUACGAAGCCACUGUGCUUGGCGGAUCAAGAGAGGUGCCAGAAAUAUGGGAGACUUUUCGGGUACUUCGAAGGGACCAAACCAGCCCUGAUGGUAGCGGAGCCAGAACUAGUGAAGCAAGUGCUCGUCAAGGAUUUCAAUUUAUUGCCAAACAGAUUGGAAAUGAAUUUCGCGGACCCUAUCCUUAAUAACAUGAUGGUGUUUGCCCGCCUGGAUCGCUGGAGAAGAAUACGACCAGCGUCUGAAAAGAGCAGCCCGAUAUGCUUGGCGGAUCAAGAGAGGUGCCGGAAAUAUGGGAGACUCUUCGGGUACUUCGAAGGAACCAAACCAGCCCUGAUGGUAGCGGAGCCAGAACUAGUGAAGCAAGUGCUCGUCAAGGAUUUCAAUUUAUUGCCAAAUAGAUUGGAAAUGAAUUUCGCGGAUCCUAUCCUUAAUAACAUGAUGGUGUUUGCCCGCCUGGACCGCUGGAGAAGAAUACGACCAGCGUCUAGCCCAGCAUUCACGACGGGAAAACUACGAAAGAUGCAUGCGUUAAUCCAAGAUUGCGUGAAGAUCACCUGCGAGCACCUCAGUGCAGCCGCAGAGGAGGCGAGGGACGACGACAUGAAAAGGUUUUACGGCCAUUAUGCACUUGAUGUUAUUGCUCGAUGUGCCUUCGGGACCCAGCUUGAUUCACAAGCUAACGCAACUAACCAGUUUGUGAUGGCGUCCGAGAAGGCAUUCAAGAUGGACUUCAGUCCUACGCAGAUAAUUUCAAUGCUUUUCCCAGGUCUGCUUGAGAGCCUCAACAUUAAAGUGAAGACUACCAUGCGCUACAAUUACUUCAGAGAGUUGUUCCAGCAAAUUAUGGAUGAAAGAAACAAAAACAACAGACGUAUAGAAGACUUUCUGCAACUCAUGAUAGAAGCGAAGCAAGGUCGUUUCACAACAGCCGCUGCAAGUUCACUUGACGCGGAGAGCAAGUUGUUCGACAUGGGAUCCGAAGCGAAGUCAGAAGCUAAGUCCUUGUCGAAUGCUCUCACCGAAGAUGAAGCCCUGGCACAGUGCUUGGUGUUUUUCCUUGCCGGUCAAGAUACGACAUCGUCAACUUUGGCCGGUGCCGUCUACUACCUUGCACUUAAUUCCGAAGUGCAGGAAAAACUCAGAAGAGAAGCCGAUAAAUGUUUCCAAACACACGUUCCUCUGCAGAUCAAACAAAGCCUUGGCACUCUGAGGAUCGAGGGUGCUUUCGUAGGAAUACGGAAGAGAUCUGUUUUAGUGUCGGAGGUCCGGACUGAUGCUAUGGCGCUUCUGUUGGGUUUCGCUGACGUGGUCAUAUUUCUGGUUGUUGUUUGCACCCUCGUGUACACGUAUGCGUCAAGGAAGCGAAACUUCUGGAAAAAUCAGAAUGUUCGUCACGAAGAAUUCUCACUCAUACUUGGACCAGCUAAAAGACUGUUGUUUAAGCCGAUGGCCCUGAGUGACCAGGAAAGAUACCAAAAGAUGGGAAGACUCUUUGGCGUUUACGAAGGAGGCAAACCCAAACUCGUGGUGGCUGAGCCAGAUUUGGUAAAGCAAGUUCUCGUCAAGGACUUCUACAUGCUGCCAAAUCGAAUAGGGCAUGCCACCGCUGACCCUAUUUUCGACAACAUGAUGGCACUGGCAUCUCUGGAAGUUUGGAGAAAGACACGGCCGGCGGUCAGCCCUGCGUUUUCGACGGGGAAGUUACGAAAGAUGAACGCUUUAAUUCAAGACUGUGCCAGGGUUACCUGUAAGCACUUGAGGGCGGCGGCGGAAGAACAGGCUGACAUAGACGUUAAGCAAUUCUACGGUCACUACUCGUUGGACGUGAUCGCGAGGUGUGCUUUCGGGACGACGCUUGAUUCUCACUCGGACGCCACUAACGAGUUUGUGACCGAGGCCAGGAAGGCGUUCUCAGCGAAAGUGUCGGGGAAAAUUCUUUUCUUUGUGCUUUUUCCUGACCUGAUCAAGUAUAUGAAACUCAGCGUAUCCGGAGGGGGACCCGCUCGGUACUUCAAAGAAGUCUGUCAGCGCAUCAUCAACGACAGGCGGGCCAAUGGCAAGCGCUAUGAAGAUUUUCUCCAGCUCAUGAUAGACGCGCAAGAUGGUAACCUGACUGCUUCUGAAGAAACCCCCAUUGACCCGGAGAACAAGAUCUUCGACGUUGGAUCGGAUACAAAACCAGAACCCACGAUCACCACAAAACGUCUCACUGAAAUAGAAGCGAUGGCUCAGUGCGUGCUCUUCUUUCUGGCUGGUCUGGAGACGACUUCUUCGACCCUUGCAUUCGCGACUUAUCACCUCGCCUUAAACCCCAAAGUGCAGGAGAAGCUGAGGAAAGAAGUAGACGAAUGCAUGGCAGCUCAUGGUCCUGAACCGAGUCUAGAUGUCAUAUCAAAGUUAAAGUACCUGCACUGCGUAGUGUCCGAGACACUGCGCCUUUAUCCGCCCGCUGUGAGGCUGGAACGCUACGCGAUCAACGACUACGUUCUUGGUGAAACCGGCAUCAGGGUUCCCAAAAACAGCUCCGUCAUCGUUCCUAUAUAUGCCAUGCACCGCGACCCCGCAGUAUUUCCGGACCCGGAAAAUUUCUUGCCGGAGAGAUUCAGUGACGAGAACGUGGAGUCGAUAAAACCGUACACGUACCUUCCUUUCGGAGCUGGGCCUAGGAACUGCAUCGGGAUGCGCCUGGCACUGCAGUCUGUGAAGCUGUGUUUGAUUCACUCCCUCCAUAACGUCCAGUUUGUGCGCACUGAGAAGACAAAGGUUCCAGUGAAGAUUAAGCUUGGAAUCGGAGUGUUGACUGCCGAAGAUUUUACGGUUGGUGUACGCAAAAUACUGGCGCAGAGCGCCAGCGACAAGUGAUGCGAAAGUGAGAAGAAGGUUUCAUGCGACUGAUAUUUGAGACAUAGAGAAACCGCUUUUCCGAUAUUGAAGAAACUAUACGAUGUGUUUGGUGUGUCUAUGCUUUUAGUUUCUUUAUCCAGCUUUGCGAAAAUGCAGAAUUACAGAAGAUUCAUCGUAAGCCUUUGUAAUGUCUAAAAGAGUGCUAUUGUCAAUGCG